AUGCCCUCCUCUUACGGCCAGCGCGCCCUGGGCGCCCUGCUGCUCUUGGGCACGGUGGCGGGCUUGAUGGCGGUGCUGGCCUCUAUGCUCAUCUUCCAGAUCGAGUCCGGGAGCCACUGGGGCGGCCUGCCGAGUUGGGCCAACCGGGCGCUGCUGCGUGCCUCGGCCGUGCUGGCUUCUCUCUGCUUGGUGCUCAGCCUCAGCUUCCUGCUCAGUCUCCUGCACGGCUACUGCGGCGCGGAGCGAGGCGCUUCGCCAGGGGGCGCCCUGGAGCCGGGCAAGGCUGACUGGUUCCUGCUGGACACUCGCAAGGUCCGCCAUGUUGCCGUGGGUCUGUUCUGCUGUGGAGUCUCUGCCUACCUCGCAGCUCUCUCCCUAUACAUGCUCGUCUCCUUCAAGGCCGAAACUGGGAUCACUUGCGCCUGCAUCUUUUCCUCGGGCAUUCUUGUGCUGCUUAUCACGGCGACCCACGUGCUGGUCCGCGUGUCCAGAGCCUCAUGGCGCAGUCAAGGGGAGGGAUCCCACAGCCUCUACGAAAAUGACUCAGCCCAAGGUGGUGAGACCCCUGCUGCUCAUCUCAACAAUGCCAAGAAUGUGGUCCCGUCAAGGCUAAGGCCAGAGAUUCACCGUGAGUUUUCAUACCCACUGUACGCAGAGCAGAAGUCCCACCUUACCACCCCAGUGAGCAGCAAUAUUACCUCUUCAGGGAGUCCCGGGGCAACACCUGAGAAGGAGAGCUACACGGUCCCUAGAAUGCACCGGACGCUGUCGGCUGAGUCCGGUCUCCUGCAGCCACAUGAGAAGCCAUGGAACGGAGUCACACAAGAAAUGAGAAAUGUCUUAUCCCGAAAGCUGGCCGGAUCUGGAAAAGAUUCGACUCUGGUGUAGACCUCUGAGCAGGGAGUGUGCAUUGCAGGAGAGGUCUUCACAAAGUAGACGACCCCUUGU